AUGGAAUCAGGGUAUCGUCGACAUAAUUUUAAUUAUUAUCCGGAAUCACAACAUCUUAGUAAUAUUAAUGAGGGGGGUAAACACAAGAACACUGUACAAGAUGGAAUCUUGCUAGGAUUUAUGGAGUUGCAUAAGGAAAUUGCAACUGGCUUUGUCAAAGGCGACAAAGUGGUCACGGACCAACUAUGGGCAGAACUAACAGGAGAGCUAAACAGCCAUGGUCCACCUAGCAAAGAUAUCCAGGGAUGGAAAAAGGUGUGGCUCGACUGGAAGGCGACUGUUCGUAAAAAGAUUGCGCACAAUAAUUCAGAAGCACGGGCGACUGGCGGUGGACCAUUCAACAAAUAUGUUCUUACCGCAGCCGAAAAAGCAAUUGGACGGCUAUGUGGCAUUUUUAAAGUGGUCCGUGGUAUUGAGAACACGGUUGAGUUUGGUCAACUGUGCUCAAAUGGCGAGGAUGUGUCUUCCGAUGAGUUGUGCCUAUCUUAUAUUGCUACCACUACCAUUGGUGCCAUUACUGCUGAUACUAUUGGUCCCACUACUGCUGAUACUAUUGGUGGCACUAAUGCUGCUGCUAUUGGUACCACUACUGCUGAUGCUAUUGGUACCACUACUGCUGAUACUAUUGGUACCACUACUGCUGAUGCUAUUGGUACCACUACUGCUGAUGCUAUUGGUACCACUACUGCUGAUGCUAUUGGUACCACUACUGCUGAUGCUAUUGGUGGCACUAAUGCUGCUGCUAUUGGUAGCACUAAUGCUGCUGCUAGCAGAAAACGCCGUCGGGAACCAACGUGGCAAGAAUCAAUGGAAGAGCUUCUCAAGGAGAAGCUGGAUCUCAAAAGGAAAAAGUUGGAGUUAGAAGAAAAGAAAUUUAAUUUAGCGAAAGCUAAUCGACGCUAA